GUUUAAGAUUAGCUGACGGGAAAGAUGAAGUAUUGUGUCAUGAAACUGUGCAGGGUGCUCUGCCUCAUGUUGACCUCGCCUCUCCGGCUGAUGGAGCUCACGGGCCUGUACGGAGUGUACAGACGGCUGUUUCCCUUUCUCGCCUACAAUGUCACAUUUUCAUACAAUGACAAAAUGCACAACACGAAGAGGGAGCUUUUCCGAAACGUGUGUAGGUUCGCAAACGCCGACGGCACGCUCCGCCUGCUGGAGAUCGGCUGUGGCAGCGGGGCAAACUUCAAGUUCUACCCCGACGGCUGCACCGUGAUCUGCACCGACCACAACCCGCACUUCCACCGGUACCUGCGGAGGAGCAUGGCCGCGAACACGCAUCUGACUUAUGGCGACUUCGUGGUGGUGUCCGGAGAGGACAUGAGGCAGGUGGAGGACGGGUCGGUGGACGUGGUUGUCUGCACCUUGGUUCUCUGCUCGGUCCGCAGCGUGCAGCGGGUGUUGCAGGAAGUCCGCCGCAUUGUCAGACCUGGUGGAGCGUUCUACUUUUUGGAACAUGUAGUCUCUGAGCCCUCCACAUGGACGUACUUCUUCCAGCAUGUCUUCGAGCCUCUGUGGUACUAUCUGGGGGAUGGAUGUAUGGUAACCAGAGCAACAUGGAAAGAUUUGGAGGCAGCUGGAUUCUCUGAAAUUCACUUACGACACAUUGAUGCACCAGAGGUCACUCCAAUCAUAAGACCACAUAUUAUGGGCUAUUGCAUUAAAUGACUGCAUGGGAGAAUAUGCACUUGAUUUUGCCUCUUGUAGGCUUCCGUUUACAUUUUCAUAUUCACUGAACAAUAAUCCACUAGCCACACUGCAUUUAUUGAGUGAAAAUAUAUUUAUUUACUUAUAGAAUCAGCAACGUCUCAUACACUGUUUGUUCUUCCCCACCCCUCCCAAGAUGUACAUAAUAAAUAUUACCUGGACACUGUGCUUUUUUUCCCUGAUUGUCUAAGUAACUGCCAAUAAACAACCAAACAAACCACA